AUGGAGGAGUGCGCGCAGUGCGGGGAGCGCGCCGUGGAUUACGAUGACCAGGCGCUGGCGCUCGUGUGCGCGCGAUGCGGCCACGUGGCGGACGAGGCGCAGCUCACGUCGCGCGUGGAGUUCGACGAGCUCGGGCGGGCCGGCGGCGUGCGCGUUGGCGGCGGGGGAGGCGGGGGGGAUGGCGGAGAACCCCGCUCGUGGAUGUGGACAGCGGGGGCGGGCGGGGGGCGAUUUGGCGGCGGCGGGUGGGGGGAGGGGGCGGAGACGAAGUGGGGAGGCGGAGGGAAGUCGGCGGAGUUCAAGAGGCGGAAGAACAAGCGCGAGUGGGAGGAGCGGCUGGGCGCAGUGGUGGCGGGGCUGCGCGUACCAGAGGGCGUGAGGGGGGACGCGGUGGGGGUGGCGGAGCGGGUGCUGGAGGGGCGGUGGGGCUCGGGGCAGUGGAUGAACGUGCUCAUGGCGGCCGCGGUCUACAUCGCUGCGCGCAACAGGCGCCUGCCCGUGUCCAUGGGGGAAGUGGCGGUGAGUGUGUGCUGUGCAGAGGUGGCGCACGCGACGGACUGUGAGCUGGCGGCGGUGUGGGCCAUGUUCAAGCGCAUCAUGGCCUACUUCCCCAUGCUGCAGCCGGAGCAGGUGGAUCCAGUCAGCCAUGUGUGGAGGGCGGUGCAUGCCAUGCCUGCACUGAGGGAGUGGCAGGGCGAGGGCGGGAGGCAGGCGAUAGUGGGGGACGCCAUGAGGCUGCUCACCUUCGCUCACUCCCUCUCUCUGCACACCGGCCGCCAUGCCGCCCCGGUACGUCCCCUCUCCCAUGCUGUCUUGCGUCACUUCCUGCUCCGCUGCGCUCUACCAUCAUCACGUCGACCCACGUCCAUGUGCUUUCUCCUUGAGGGUUGUCUCCUCCACUUCCUGCCCAUCUCAACCCACACCUCCCUCUCCUCCUCCUCCCUCCCAUCCCAUGGACCCCUCCAUCCUCCCACCCUCCCCCUCCAUCCUCCCACCCUCCCCGUCCUCCCAGAUAGCAGCGGCGGCGCUGCUGCUGGUGGCGGGGGCGAGGGGGGUGGUACUGGGGGAGGGGGAGCUGUGCGCAGCCAUGGCAGUCCCGCCAGCCACAGUGAGGCAGCGCUUCUCAGAGCUCACGCGCGCCCUCACGCGCCUUGCACGCUCGCUGCUGCUUCCGGGCGCCCACCUCGUGGCCUCCCAGGCAGCCUUCCACCGCCUCCUGCUCUCCAUCCUCUCGGUGCGUAUGCCGUGGGACUCGGGCCUGUUGAGUUGACCCAGGCCCGCCUUUUGAACGCAUGCUUUCGCCCUUGCAUUCGACCUAGCUUCUGCCGUCGCCGUCUCGUGUGGGGCAUCGUUUCGUGA